AUGUGUCCAUUGAAAAGUCCAUUUCCAUUCUUAAAUACACAAUUUCAAACUAAAUCUGAUCAGAAAAAUCCUUUGCGAAUCAAAUUCUAUCAACAAUCAAACGCACUUCUCCCCAAAAAUCUGUCUAUUCUGCUGACCACAUCAUUAACAUUAACGCCAUUCACAUUUGGGUAUGUUUUAGCACCAUCUAUGAGUAUUUUCAAUGAAACAUAUUUCAAUGCGAAUGAAAACGAUCGAAUCGAAAGUAUGAAAAUCAUGGAUCUAUUUGCGAAGUUAUUACAUAAUGGAAAUAUCAAUAUCAAUUCACCUUAUUGUAAAGAUAAUCAAUGUGAAGCCAAAGAUAAAUGGAAAAAUGUGUUUCCUGAAUCGAAUUUGAUUCUACUUCGAGAUGGUAAUUUCAGUCAAGUAACUGGUCAUCAUACUCAAGUUCAUUAUCUAUUCAACACUCUUAUUUCUAAUUUAACUGAACAUCCAUUUGAUACGGAUUUGUUGAAUACAUGGNUGGCUUCUCUGCCUUCUUAUAAUCAUUGUCGGCUGUUGGCUUGGCUGCUGUUUGAUACCGUUCUGUGUACGUGGAAUCAAAAAUACUCAACAUUACUGUCCAAAUUGCAAAGUAUUAAUUGGUGA